AAUUCAAAUCUCCUCAAAUCCCCUUCCGUACCCAUUCAAGCUUCAAUUUCACUCUUUCUCUCGGCGGGCACUGUUGUUUCAGCGAGGGAGUGAGACUGAGAGUUCAUCCAAUGGGAGCGUACUGUAACGAAGAUCUUGAUUUGCCGGCAUACGCCGCCGGAGCUCCGCCCCAGGAGUUCCGGUUAUCGAAGCAUGUCUACGACAACGUUCACGGAAACAUCUAUCUCGAUCCUCUUUGUUUAAAAUUCAUUGACACUGAGCAGUUUCAGAGGCUUCGUGAGCUGAAGCAACUUGGAGUGACAGACAUGGUAUAUCCAGGAGCUGUGCAUUCCAGAUUUGAGCAUUCCCUAGGGGUAUACUGGCUUGCAGGUGAAGCUGUUCUGAAGCUUAAAACAUAUCAGGGAUUGGAGCUUGGUAUUGACCGCACCGAUGUUCAGACUGUGAGACUUGCAGGACUCCUUCAUGAUGUCGGCCAUGGGCCUUUUAGUCAUAUGUUUGAGCGUGAGUUCCUCCCAAAGGUUAUCUGUGGCUAUGAAUGGUCUCAUGAGUUGAUGUCUGUAAAAAUGAUUGACUAUAUUGUUGAUUCACACCACAUUGAUGUUGAUGCUGAAAUGAUGAAACAAGUGAAGGAAAUGAUACUCGCUAGCACUGAAUUUUCACAGUCGAAAAGCAAUAAAGAAAAACGUUUCUUGUAUGACAUUGUCGCAAAUGGUCGGAAUGGGAUUGAUGUGGACAAGUUUGACUACAUUGUCCGUGAUUCUCGAGCUUGUGGUCUAGGAUGCAAUUUCCAAUUCCAAAGACUGACAGAGACAAUGCGAGUCUUGGGAGAUGAAAUCUGUUAUCGUGCUAAGGAUUAUCUCACAAUCCACAAGUUAUUUUCAUCUCGUGCUGAUCUUUAUCGGACAGUCUACACACAUCCGAAAGUGAAGGCUAUAGAGCAUAUGCUAGUAGACGUUUUAGUGAAAGCCAACAGUUACUUACAAAUUUCUUCGCAAAUUGAAGAUCCCUCUCAAUACUGGAAGUUGGACGAUACAAUUAUCAAAACUAUUGAAACAGCACCAGAUCCCGAACUUGCCGAAUCCCGAGAAUUAAUUCUUCGCAUUCGCAGAAGGCAGUUGUAUCAGUUCUGUAAUGAAUAUGCUGUUCCCAAGGAUAAAGCAGAGCAUUUCAAAGCUGUCACCGCACAGGAUAUCAUAUGUUCCCAGAAAGACGGAGGUGUGACAUUGAAAGAAGAGGAUAUUGUUGUCAGCAAUGUGAAGAUUGAUUUGGCUCGUGGAAGACAAAACCCGCUCGAAUGCAUCAACUUUUUCAAGGAUUUCGACAGCGAUGAGAAAUUCACGAUACCGGAUGAGCGAAUCAGUCACUUGCUACCAACAACAUAUCAGGACAUGAUAGUGAGGGUUUACUCCAAGAAACCCGAACUGGUUGAAGCUGUGUCCGAAGCUUUUGAGAACUUUCAACUGAAAACAUACGGCAUCAAGGCCCAAGUACACGCUACUCCGGAGAAGAAGAAACGGCGGGUGAUGCACAGAAUAUGCAAAUAGGAAAAAGAAAAAAAGAAAAGAAAAGAACGAAACAAUACGGCGUCGUAUCAUAUCCACCUGAAAAUGCCAAACCACGUGGGUGUUUCUUUUUUCCAGCUUGAUCUUGUAUAUGUGAAUGCAAAGGAAACUGUGUUCAGGGCAUGGAUGGAUGGUUUGUUUUGGGAUGUACGUAUUGCUUCGCGUCAUCCUAUGAGAAACAUAAUAUUGUAGAUUUUUCUGCU